CGCUGCUGCUGCUAAUCUGUCAGUUGCUGGCUGUCUCACGGCGGCGGAGUUUAGAAGUCCAAUUAAUGCAGUCUUUGAUCAUGAAGAGCUCCAGGGAUGCGGUGCAGUCAGCAGCCAGAGAGUUUCUGCAGUUUGUCAACAAAGGGGUGUCUCCAUAUCACGUGGUCGAAGAAUGCAAGCGGCGGCUGCUGGAGGCCGGCUUCGUGGAGCUGAAGGAGACGGAGCAGUGGAGCGUAGCGCCGUCUAACAAGUACUUUGUGACCAGGAACUUCUCCAGCGUCAUCGCCUUCGCCGUGGGCGGGCGCUACCAGCCGGGGAACGGCUUCUCCAUGAUCGGAGCGCACACCGACAGCCCCUGCCUCCGGGUGAAGCCGCGGUCCAAGAGGACGAAGCAGGGCUGCCUGCAGGUCGGGGUGGAGUGCUACGGCGGCGGCAUCUGGAACACCUGGUUCGACCGCGACUUGACCAUCGCCGGCCGCGUCAUGGUCAAGAGCGACGGCCGGCUGGUCCAGCGGCUGGUCCACGUCCCCAGGCCUCUGCUCAGGAUCCCUCACCUGGCCAUCCACCUGCAGCGCGACAUCAACGACUCCUUCGGCCCCAACAAGGAGAACCACCUGGUGCCGAUCAUCGCCACGGCCGUCCAGGAGGAGCUGGAGACGGGAUGCUCGUCCUCCGGAGACGCCUCCUCGGCCGUCAGCACGGCGGAGAAGCACCACCCGGCGCUGGUCAAGGUUCUGUGCAGCGAGCUGGGCGUCGAGCCCGAAGCGCUGCUGGACUUUGAGCUCUGUCUGACCGACACGCAGCCGGCGGCUUUAGGAGGCGUGUACCAGGAGUUCAUUUACUCUCCUCGUCUGGACAAUCUGCACAGCUGCUACUGCGCCCUGAAGGGGCUGGUGGACUCGUGCUCUGGAGACUCUCUGGCCAACGAUCCCAACAUCCGCAUGAUCACCCUGUACGACAACGAAGAGGUGGGAUCAGAGAGCGCCCAGGGAGCUCAGUCCAACCUGACGGAGCUCAUCCUCAGCCGCCUCGCCGCCUCCUCCUCCAACCUCACCGCCUUCCAGCAGGCGGCGCCGCGCUCCUUCAUGAUCAGCGCCGACAUGGCUCACGCCGUGCACCCGAACUACCAGGAGAAGCACGAGGAGAACCACCGACCAGCCUUCCACAAGGGCCCGGUGAUCAAGUUCAACAGCAACCAGCGCUACGCCACCACCGCCGUCACCGCCUCCGUCGUCAGGGAGGUCGCCGGCCGGGUCGAGGUGCCGCUGCAGGACGUGAUGGUCCGUAACGACAGCCCCUGUGGAACCACCAUCGGACCGAUCCUGGCCGCCCGGCUCGGCAUCCCGGUGGUGGACAUCGGAGCUCCGCAGCUGUCCAUGCACUCCAUCAGGGAGAUGUGCUGCACCUCCAGCGUCCUGCAGAGCACCACCCUCUUCAAGGGCUUCUUCGAGCUGUUUCCCGCCGUGAGGAGCUCGCUGGUCGUCGACUAGAAGAACCGAAGGACACGAAGGAUCAAACUUUUAACUCUUGUUGGUGAUGGAAACGUGAUCUGUGGAGGAGCUCCUUAUUAAACGUGCUGUAAUUUUAAUGGAAAUCAAAAAUGUAAAAACACGUUUCUUUCUUAAGUCAUUUAGAAUAAAACGCUGAAAACCCUU